AUGGCAGUCACUUUGUUUGCCCCUGACGAGUUCGACCCAUUGCACAAAGGCGUUGGGUAUAUCCUCCCCAACAUGCAGAUGAAGAUCGUCGAUGACGAUGGCCGCGAAGUUGCCUGCAAUGAAGAGGGAGAAGCGCUCAUUCGGGGGCCAAAUGUCUUCAAGGGCUAUUACAAGAACCCGAGCGCAUCUGGAGAAGCAUGGACCAAAGAUGGCUGGCUGAAAACUGGAGAUAUCGUGUCCAUUCAGGAGAGUGGACUCUUGACUAUUGUGGACCGCAAAAAGGAACUCAUCAAGGUGAAAGGCUUCCAAGUAGCCCCAGCCGAACUUGAGGGGCAUCUCCUUGAGCAUGAAGGAGUCAAGGACUGCGCGGUUAUUCGCGUUACAAGAGAGGGGCAAGAACAUCCACAGGCUCACGUUGUCCCCAAAGACGGCAACGUCACCGCCGAAUCGAUUCUUGAAUUCAUGGAGAGCCGACUUUCGGCACACAAGAGGCUGACUGGUGGAAUUGUUUUUACUGAGGCAAUUCCCAAAUCCGCAUCUGGCAAAAUUCUGCGUCGCUUACUUCAGGACCCUGCGACGGCUAAGCUAGCGCGCCUUUAG